GAGAGAGAGAGAGAGCGGCACAAAAUGCUUUUUAUUCAGUAACAAGCUCAUUGAGGAGCGGACAGACCCUCCAGAGUCUCUGCAGUCAGUCAGUCAGUCAGUCAGUCAGUCAGUCAGUCAGUGUGUCUCUGUCAGCUCAGUUUAUUUCUCCGGGACUUCAGCCUCUAACACCAGCUACAGUUUCCUGGCUUUUAUCCUUAUAAACAGACACCUUGGACCUUCUGGACUUCACAGUUUGAAUCUAUAUUUUCUUCCAGUUCCUGCUGCUGUCAGGCUGCACCGAGCGUUUCUCACAGCCUCUGGGUUUUCCUGGUGAUGACCUCACUGCUGUUCCCUGGCAACGCCCACGCUGCGAUGAAGGACCUCUCCUCCUCCUCCUCUCCUCUCACCUCCCUGCUCCACUACCCGUCCUCCAAAACCUCCGUCGCGCCCUUCUCCCCGUCCGCCGGCCCCGCCUCCACUCCUGGGUCGACGCUGUCGUCGGCUCCUCUCUCCAAACCUCAGCCCUUCUGCCUGCAGACCGGGCCUCAUCUCAUCGCCAGCAUGCAGUUGCAGAAGCUCAACUCGCACUACCAGAACCUCACGGGUGCUUCUGUUGGACACCCAGCACCCGGCGGAGCUCAAAGGGGCUUCGGAUCCUCGCCUCUGGGCACUGGCAACCAGCUCCUGGGGCCUUCUGGAGGCCUUGGAGGAGGCGGGAUGGGGGUCGGGAUCGGCAUGGGGAACCAGGGCUCCGGUGCGGGUGGAAUUAUCGACUUUGACCCCGUGGACGAGGAGGUGCUCAUGUCGCUGGUGGUGGAGCUGGGCUUGGACCGAGCCAACGAGCUGCCCGAGCUCUGGCUGGGUCAGAACGAGUUUGAUUUCAUGUCGGACGUGCCGGCCGGAUGCUGACCUUCGAGAAGAAAGAUAUCCAGAUGCGGUGGAAUUGCUUGACAAAGAGAGAGAAGACUUUCUCUCCCCUGUUUUGUUUUUCUUUUUCCUCCCUUACUUGGUUGCUAACACGAGGAAAAAGAAGAGACACUGAGUGAUAAAGAGAAAGAUGAUUAGAGACAUACUCCUGUUUCUACUUUGCUUUCAUGCUCUCUAUGGACAGACAGAGGGACUGGUGAGGAAGAGGACAGAUUGAGGUGAAAGAGAGCGUGAUCUGUUUUUCAUUUCAUUCAGUCAGUUUAUUUUUCUUUGCCAGGACGAAAGUGGUGGUUGAACCCCGGCCUAAUGGGAUUAAGAAUUCUUUUGUUUCGCUGCGUCCCACUAUAAUUUUUCUUUUUCCUUUUCGUGUAAAGAAGAAAAACAGAAACAACAGAAACAAGGAGUCGUACAAAGACACUUCAUCGCUCCUGUCCUCUUCCCUCCAUCAUUCCCUCUUGCAGGCUUCAUCAAAACCAGGUGAUUUUAAUACAAGGAGGUUUGGCGAAGACAUUUGAGUCGGUCUCUUGGAAACAAACAGCGCGGAUGACGAAGACACACCUGUUGGACUCUCUCUCUCUCUCUCUCUCUCUCUCUCGAUCACGUCAGGAAAACGAAGAUGGGAAACAUGACUUUAUGGGAGAUUCGUGAAGGAUGACAAACACUAUGUUUCCUGUUUUCUUAAUGGACAAUAUUAGACUCUGGUCUCACGGGAAAGAGACUCCUGUCUCUCGGCUUCACAAAGAAACUGAUUGUCUGAGAACUUGUUAUCUCAAUGUACUUCUCUUUCUUUCUGUUUUUUUUUUUGUUUGAAUUUACUUCAACCAGUCGCAUUCAAAGAACAUGUUAUUUAAGACAGUGGCUGAUAUCCAUCAGGUCUCUUGGACAAGGAGGGCUUCUGUAGCGCAUCUAUUAUCAGUUCUACUUUUCUGAACAUAAUGAAUUAGAUCAAGAGACGAGGAAUCUGAAUGGAGUAAAUUGUUUCUCAGCCGCAUUAAAAACGGUCGAGGCCUUACGGUCAUGUGAGUCGCCGCUACAUGUACUUUGUUCUGUUUCCUGACCUGCAGUGUAAGAAACACUGACCUCCGUGGUCAAGUCAAACCGGUGUCAAUGAUUCUGGGUAGCACUUCCUUGUACAUUGAGGAUACAAGGUUUUGUCAACAUGUGUGGACAUAAACUGAUUGAUUCACACGUCCUCCUCUGGUUUUUGUUUUUCCUCUUCUGCCACUUUUGUGUUCAUGUCAAAACAGUUUGUUUAGCCCCGACAAACACUUCUUAUCGCCGCACUUCCAUGUGGCUGAUAAGGAAGCUCCGUCUGUUUUGUCAUCACUGGGCCUGGAGGCUCGUGUUUGCGAGGGCUGGCUGCAGAUGCUGGUCCGCACGCGUGCAGGCGUUAAGAAGGUUUGAAUGGGACCAAAGGGGGUUGAAGUUAGUGGCUGACAUGUUUGCUUCAUUUAUCAUUUCACGUUCAUUCUUCACUGUCUCUUGAAGGCAGAGACGAUUCGUAGAAAACAUCUGGACAAGCUCUCGGUGCGCCCUCUGGCAGCCAUAUUGGAGGUGUCCACAGUUAUUUGUCCAUCUUGUCUGGACCAGAGAGAACAGCUUUUUGUCUGCUUGCUGGUUGCAAAAAAAAUCACUUUCACCUACACAUUUAAUCCUGGCUAAAUUACUUGCAGAAACUAGCGUUAGAAAAUCCAGUAUGUGGAUAGCACGCUGCUGAAAUAUCAAAAAACAAAUAUCAAGUUUGAAAACAGUAUUUAGACAAAACAAUACCAACUCAAGGUCCACUUAAAUCUUUUUCCAGAGCUCUCAACUGCAUCGUACAAAUGAACUUUUAAGCUAACGUGGACGAGAGGUAACAGCUGCUGAGCUCACAUGUCAAAUCCAUCUCUGUCACAACUGAGCAAACUCCCAUCUGCCGCCGAAGACCAUGCAAUACGGUUGAGGCAAGUAAGUCAACCAUGAGUUGGGACCGUUUGGUCGGAUGUGAGAUGUUGUUUUACACGUGGAACUCAUAUAUGUUAGAUUUCACAUGUGAGUAUCUGAAAAUCACGUGUGCAUAUAUGUGAAUGUUUUGACACAACCCCUCCCACCUAAAAUAUUUAUUCAAUUAAACCAAAAAACUCACAAAAAGACACAUUAUGUUCAUUCAUUUAACUGUUAAAUUACAUUUUCUGUUAAUCUCCCUAGAUCAUGAUCCAUUAUUCAUAUACAUAAUUAUAUGGUCUAGACUUCUAGGAACUUGUAUGAAAGUGUCCUUAAUGCCCUGAUGGGCAUUUUUCUUUUGUAAAAGAAGAUAAUUGAUGUGGCUAAAUCUUUUAUGAACUGUGUUUGGACUGGACACUGACGACUUCUCUUUAAAACCUAAUACUGAACUGACCAGCGGUCUUUAUUGCCUGGCAGUUAAAACCCAAUAUUAUAAGCCUCAUUUGCAUACAGCUUAUCCUCUGCCGGGCCUCCGUGAUGCUGCCAGAUGGGGGUUGCCAGUUUGGGUCGCAAAUGAUUUCAGACUUUAUAACGGGAUAUUAACGGUUUUUAGAUCACACAGUCAACUCUCCAUCUACCAAGAGUUGUUCCUCGCUGCUACAGACUGAAAAACAUCCCGGGGGUGGGGGGUUAAAUUGACCCUCCACCCCCCCCCCCCCCCCCCCCCCCCCGCCCAUCUAUAGGAGCUUUACUGUGCUGUGUCCAGCUGUAGAUGGAUGCAGUCAGGCUGGGGGCUCUGACCUAUAUCUGUUGUGGUAAGAAGAGACGGGGGGAGACGGCAGGAACAAAGGCCUUUCACCUCAACCCAGCUUGUCUGUCAUCUUGGGCCAUUGUGGGUCUCCUCUUGGACCACACACACCAAAAAAAACAAAACCACACCUGUAUGUCUGUCUGUCUGUAUAUAUGUGUGUGUGUGUGUGUGUGUGUGUGUGUGUGUGUGUGCGUGAGCUUGCAACAAAACACCUGCAUGUACAUUUUAAGUCCAUACAAACACACACAGGAUGAAACCAACUAUACGCAGGCACACAAAGGCAUGGAAAUACACCCACCCACACACACACACACACACACACACACACACGGGAGCAUGGGGAUGGUAUUACAGCAGGGAAACGGGAGUAGAGGCCAUGAAACAGGCACUUGUUCAGUUACACACAGACUUCACAGGGUAUCAGGGUUGUUAAUGUGUGUGUGUGUGUGUGUGUGUGUGUGUGUGUGAAAAGAGAUGAGGGUGUAUUGAAGUCAGAAAAUGCAACAACGUGUGUGUGUUAAAGGGGGAAACGAUGAGCAGGAUGAAGACCCCUGGUGGAGGAAGAACAAACGCUGCGCCUUGUUAAUUUAUUUAGAUAAAGACAGGUCAGCUUACACACAAUAAACACACAAGUCCUUUAAGACCAUUUUCCUGCACACACACACACACACACACACACACACACACACACUGCUCAGUACCACUUUUUGAUGUUGGUGUGGGUCUCGGUUACAGUCAGUGAGCACAAAACUUUCUUUAAUGAAACGCGAGAAGCUGAGAUUAAUGAAAACCUGCUGAAGGAAUAAUUUGACAGAAUACCUUUUUUUAUUUUUAAAGGGAUCUGCUGCGUUUUUUCCUUUAAACCAGUCACUUUUCCGACAUAGUGGGAAGCAAAGAGCGAAAUAAAGAUGCUUCUCAUCACUUCUAAAUCCAACAGACAGACACACUGGAUCUUCUCUUCCUCCGUCUCGUCGCCUAAGUGGGUCAAAAUAACAUUCUUCAGAUCGAACACAGUCUUGUGUUUGUUUCCAUCUGCUCAACGUUGUUUUAAAGUCCUUUUUCUUUUGCGUGUGUGUGUGUGUGUGUGUGUGUGUUGUCCCAGCUGAGUGAAUGUUAUUUUUCUGCUGUGUGAACCAGACGGACGUUACCCACCCUCCCCUCCUCCUCCCAUCCCCUCCCUGGAGAAGUUGCCUGGUCGAGAUGUUUGAAUCGUCUGCGGGUUUUCAUUUCCUCUUUUUCCCUGACCCCCGAUAUUGCAGAUUAACCCCGGCACAGACCUUUUGAACCAAAAUAUACCUCACAGCUAUUUGGUUUCUAAUGGCCAGAAACUCAGAUCCAUGCAAACAUAUUCACAUGGGUGUAUUUUAGCACUUAAUUACUGCAAAAAAAAGAAAAGGAAAGAAGGUUCAGGUAAUCACAGUGUACCAUUUGAAAUUGUGAUGGACACCUGAACCUAAGUUUUGUAUGUUUUAGCUCAAACUACAAAUCACCUGAACUUCAAACAGUUUGUUCUAGUUCUCCAUCAAAUUUACAUUUUCAUACUUAAUCUUAAAAGUCUUUUAUUUUCAUCAAAACUGCGAGUUGGGACUUUUCAGUUGGUUGAUCACCAGCAAGUUUGAUAGUGGAUUAAUUUUAUUAAUGAGUCAAGAAGGUUUGAGCUAGUCUGAACCUUUCCAGAUGUCAGGACUUCCUGCUUGUAAUUAAAUACUCUCAAUGACAUAAUUAGGGCGGAAAAAACCUGCCGGUGAAACGCAAUACGAUUCAACAGCCUCCAGAAUGACCAUGAAGUCGAAUCAACACGUCUCUAAAAAUAGUUUCAUCAACACUAUCACUGGAGCUGAAAAAAUGAGGCAAUUAACAGAACAAUAAUUAAUAUGUCAGUCAAAAUGAGUCAUCCAUCAUUAUGAACCACAUGUUUUGUGAUAUUUGGAUUUACAGUCGAGCAACAAAUACAUUUAAUACUCCUUUUUUUAAAAAAAACUUUUUGACAUUUCAUAGACGAAAUGAUUAAUCAGAAGAAAUAAUCUGCAGAUUCAUCAAUAAUGAAAGUAACUGCCAGUUUUACGCCGAUUAAAAACGAUUAAAACCCGCUUCCUCCAUCAGGUCAACAACAGACCAGGUCGACCUUAAAACCCCCUUUGACAAGUCCUGGCUGGUGGUUUUACAUCUGGACCUGCUCUGACGUGGUCUAGAAAAACUCUUUUCACAAAUAAACUAAAGGUUUCACAAGCGGCGUUGAGGCUUUAGGUGGGACGUCUAACACACUUAAACUAAAACCCUUCAUCGUCCCUACGGUUAAUGAAGUAAGUUUAGUUUAACACACGACAGCAGAGAUUUGUUACUCAUCUCGGACGUUGCCUCUGGGCCUCAGGGUCGUGAAAAAUGUCCCGACACAUCAAGGAGUGUGAAAACCUUCGACACGAGUGGCGAUAUAUCUGUUAAAAGGUCCCUGUUACAAGGUUUCCGCUCCACACUAAUGAAAACGUUGGGCCACUUCUCAGCUGCCAGGUUCAUUUGUGAAACUGAUUUAUUCCUCAUAUUUACCUUUAAACCUGUAGAUUAAAGUCUUACUUUGUGUUUUAUUUUUGCUUGCUUUUUGGUUCUACUUCUUUUUCUUUUUUUUUUCCUAAUGAUGAAAUAAAUAUUAUUCAAAGAUGAUUUUUAAAGCACUUUUGCUCACCGGCUCUCACUUGUACAUCUAUAUGAAUAUGUAAAUGACUGAGAUCAUAUUGAAAAAUGCUUGUAUUUUUGUUACGGCUCUGGAGUUUGGGGGAAAAAUAAAGAAAGUGAAAUCUGA